UCUUCUAUUCUAAGACUAAGAUAUGAGAAACUUUACAACGGUAUCUGAAUUUAUUCUCCUGGGAUUCAAGGAUCACCCAGAAUUACAGUGCCUUCUUUUUGUGUUGUUUCUACUCAUCUACACAAUCACCGUUGUUGGAAAUCUUGGCAUGACUCUAUUAAUCAAGAUUGACUCACGUCUCCAUAGUCCGAUGUACUUCUUUCUCUGUAACUUGUCCCUGGUUGACUUCUGUUAUUCUUCUGUCAUUGUCCCUAAUAUGCUGAUAAAUUUCUGGGUGGAGAACCCAGUCAUUUCAUUUAAUGAAUGUGCCACUCAAUUCUUCUUGUUUGGCUCCUUUGCUGGCAUUGAGGGUUUUCUGUUGGCAGUCAUGGCGUAUGACCGUUAUGUGGCCAUCUGCAAGCCUCUGCUUUAUACAGUCCUGAUGUCCCCCCACCUCAGUGCCCUCCUGGUGUCGGCCACAUAUCUUACAGGCUUUGUAAAUGCUGCCAUUCACACUGGCUUCACCUUCCAGCUGUCUUUCUGCCGCUCCAAUGUCAUUAACCAUUUUUUCUGUGAUACUCCGCCUCUCCUGAAACUCUCUUGUUCUGAUACACACAUCAAUGAGGUGGUCAUUUUUGCCUUUGCCAGUUUUAAUGAAUUGAGCUGUCUCUUACUUAUUCUUGUUUCCUAUCUCUACAUCCUUGCUGCCAUCUUGAGGAUUCACUCUGCAGAAGGGAGGCACAAGGCCUUCUCCACCUGUGCUUCCCACUUGACAGUGGUCACCAUCUUCUUUGGGACAGUCCUGUUUAUGUAUCUGCGUCCCAGCUCCAGCUACUCAAUGGAUCAAGACAAAGUGGUGUCUGUAUUUUACACAGUGGUCAUCCCCAUGUUGAAUCCUCUCAUCUAUAGUUUGAGAAACAAGGAAGUCAAAGCUUCUUUAAGUAAAAUUUUUAGAACAGUCUCUUAUGUCUCUACUUAGAAUCAUUAAACCAUGGGAUGCCAGGACUCCAAGGAAUCUUAACAAAUGACCAAAUCCACCUCCAUUCACCCUGAUUUUAUUUCAUUCUGCCAUGAGGCUUUUUUCUGGUAGUGGAAUUGUACUAACUAUUCCAAGUUUCCUGGAGAAUAUGGCCACUCUGUGUAAAUCUCACUUAUUCUACAUAACCUAAAUCUCAAAAAUAACCAACGACCGCAGCUCAACACCAUGUUCAUAGCUAUAAAACCCAGUAUAAAAGUUGCUGAGACAGAGAAACACUGAGUGGUAAAAGGAGCAAUUCUACCUUCUUCCACACGUGAUGGCUCUUUGAUUGGAUGAUGUUUGAACUGCUAAAGAAGUUAUAAGAAUAAGCUGAGCCAGUAAAUGUCCACACAGCAGAACAGGGCUUAGAAACUAUGCUGUGCCCCUAAUGAACCAGAGUGAAAUACCAGCAGUAAUUGGUGAGAGAAGGCUGAAGUCCAGUAUUCUUAAUCUAGAGAAAGGAUUUGUAGCAAGAAUAAUGAGAAUCAACUCCAGGAAAAGUAUAAGGAUAAAACAGCAGAUAAGAAUGCCAAAAGUUUUUAUGAAGUGGAAGUUUCUGGGGUUAGGAAGGAGGUCUUCUGCACAAUCCUUGUCUAUAAACUGUCAGGUUGCUUGAUCUAUCGAUCAUCUAUCUAUCUAUCUGUCUAUCUAUCUAUCUAUCUAUCUAUCAUCUAUCAUCUAUCUAUCUAUCUCUAUCUAUCUUCUAUCUAUCUAUAUAUCUAUCUAUCUAUCUGUAUCUGUCUUCUAUCUAUCUAUCUCUUUUCUAUCUAUCUAUCUAUCAUCUAUCUAUCUAUCUUCUAUCUAUCUAUCUAUCAUCUAUCUAUCUAUCUUCUAUCUAUCUAUCUAUCUUCUAUCUAUCUAUCUAUCAUCUAUCUAUCUAUCUA